AUGGGCAAUGGCCUCAGACCGGGUGGGGGGGCGGAAGAGCCCUUCGGAGAAAGCCCUCCUCCGUUAGAAACAAUAAAUAAGGGACCGAAGCGAUGCACGUUCCUUCACACACGCCCCAAAACGCACCUCGGCGAGCCUCGCGUCAGGGAAACAAGUCGGGCAGAGCUCCGAAAACACCUCUCUCCCUCUCUCUCCCGUAACCUCCUCGAGACUUGGAAACUAAGAGAGCAGAUCUUUUCUCUCCGCUUCCCGCCCUCCUGCCCACCUCCAACAGACCCUAGAGCUGGAGCGGGCGAGCCAGACUCGCAGCGCGCCCGCGGCCGCUGCGACAGGAGACAGCGGGCGGCGGGCCGGCCCCGGAGAGACAGCCCAGAGCCGCGGCGGCAGCCGCCGCUCGCCCGGUCGCCGGGGGUCCCUUCCCGCGCCCCCAGCCCGUCGCAGGCUACGUCCGGCCGCCGGCUCUCAGCCCUGACUCUCGCCUUUCCACGCCCCCGCCCCCCCACCCCCGCAGAGGAACAAAAGGAGGGUUCAGCCGGGUCACCACUAGGCCGCCGAGGGGGCGGCGGCGCGGACUCCAGCGCGGCCGCCCCCCACACAAAGGGGCUGCCAACCCCGGGGCGCGGCGUCGGCGCGCUCGUCCCCGCCCCGCGCACGGGCUCUCACCCACCUGCAGGUGUCUGUGCGUCUGUCCAUAGGAACGCGGGCAGCGAGGGGGGCCUGCGGGAGCCGGGCAGAGCGGGCUGGACGGGGCGGGACGGAGGGGAGGGACGGAGGGAGCGCGGCCGCAGGGAAGUGUGUAACGGCACCUCCCACGACGCGCACCGAGCGAACGGCCGUCGCUGCCCGGAGGCGGUGUGGACCGACCUUCCUGCUACACACACACGCGCGCGCACGAGCUCGGUCUCCGCAGCCCGACAGGUGUGGGAGCCACGAUCCCCACUGCGUUCUCAAGUGGGCAGCACCCCUUUCCGGCCCGAUUCCCGGGCCAGCCGUCUCCGCUGCCCCUCGGAGCCCUGGAUAGCUGCACCCUAA